AUGCUUCUGGUGGAAGAAGAAGGUAAGUCUACAUACGAGCAACUUUUACAGAGUAAACCAAAAUCGAUUGGGUACUUUGAUGAAAGGGUUAACGUGUAUAUCGUAACUUCCUCUACUAUGAAUUCUAAAAUGUGUUUAGAAUUGACAUACACAAGAUCAAGACAGAAAACUUACAGUUUAGAGACACCUUCAAUUAAAAGUAAGGAUAUAAGUAUAUGGAAAUUUGAAGUAGUGAUCAUUCCUGGAAGGUGCAACAGUGAACUGAAAAUAAGGGCAUUCUAUGACGAGCCCGUGAAUAAAAUACCCGAUGACAUUCUUGAAGAAUUUGCAAGAAGCGAUAUAAUCAAACUUAAUGGAAUUGAACUUGUGGGGAAGAAAGCCGUGGCAAAGCAAUCAUUGGAAAGAAAACUCGUAUCAGAAGAGUGCUCUCUCACUAUUUCACCUAUAUUCCAGAUGCUGUUUAAGAGUAUCCGGGCCGAGAAGAUGCUGACAUCAUUGGAAUUGUUUGCAUGUAAGAAGUUGAAAGAAUUAAAGACAGGAAUUGUGAUUAACAAGAUUAGUGUUGAGAUAGCAAACUGUGAAGUGAUAGAAUAUUCCCAGAUUGAUUAUCCGGUGAAGCUGGGCCCGAAUACCGUCCUUACACUUGCCUAUAGGCUUCUAAGCAACGACAGUAAAAAUGUUAAACCAAUUGUGGCACUGAUAGACUCCACAAUUGAUGGAUUCAAGAAGAUAACCACGAAGUGGACUACAAAUGUGGACUUCCAGUCUUCUAGCACGUCUCCCUCCGCUGCUGCUUUCAGAAUAGCAUCCUCACCAACGUUAUUAUCAAGCCCGAACCUAUCGAAAUCAAGAUCUGCUUCAUCUACGCUUUUCUCCCAGUCUAGACGAGCCGCUUUCAAGUUCAAAUCUAACUCCUCAGUCAACUUACAAGUUGUUCCGCCAAUGCUAAAUAAACGUGGACUUCUAGUUUCUGUUUCAGGACAAACCAAAGUUAAGCUAGGCGAAGCGUUCAAAUGGAAUAUUCAGCUUAUCAACAGAUCUACGGAAAAGAUGGAUCUAGUACUGUAUGUCCAAUCCUCAAUUAAGAAACAAUAUGAAAAAUCUGUGCCACCAAUCCCAAUUCAGAAUGCACAUUCAUCUAAACAGGAUCCAAUACCUUUAUUCACAAACAGUCAACUCGUCAAAUCGUUUUAUUAUAAAUUCAACAAAGUUGGAUUGGUGUCAUUGAAUAAUAACCUCAGGAUGAAUUUGGAGCCUGGAAAUCUGUUUGAAACAGAAUUAGAACUUAUAGCCAUAGAAAAAGGCUUGUUCAACCUACAUGAUGUAAAGAUUCUUGAUGCCAAUACGGGCGAUACAUUCGAGUGCCCAAGACUUUUAGACGUUUUAGUUGUAUAA